AUGCCCCGUUCUUCUCGCACAGGUGAAUUGGUAUACGAUCCUGAGGUUGAGAAGGCAGCGCGUAGGCGGAGGCAAGAGACCAAGAGACAAAAAAAAGGACACUUACUUGCUGCAAACGAGUCAGUGAAAGACGAAAUAAGUAUGGCCAACACCCAAACACUGAGGGAGCUGGCUGCUCCGGAACUGACUCACCAGCCCUUAUGCAUCACAUUCCCCACUUUGGCUGAGAAUACUGCUUUCGAACUGAAGUCGGGGCUGAUUCAUCUUUUACCUUCUUUCCAUGGUCUCUCUGGCGAAGAACCCCACAAGCACGUUAAGGAGUUCGAGAUGGUUUGCUCUAGUAUGAAACCUCUUGGGGUCACUGAAAAGCAAAUUAGACUGAGAGCUUUUCCGUUCUCUCUAAAGGAUGAGGCUAAAGAUUGGCUGUACUACCUACCAGCAGGUAGUAUUACCACAUGGGCACAGUUGAAAAAGAAGUUUCUGGAAAAAUUCUUCCCUGCAUCCCGGGCUGCAAGUUUGAGGAAGAAAAUCUGCAGCAUUAAACAGUAUCCCGGGGAAUCCUUGUAUGACUAUUGGGAAAGAUUUAACAAGUUGUGCACUAGAUGCCCGCAGCAUCAAAUUAGUGAACAACUGUUAAUCCAAUAUUUCUAUGAAGGACGCCAAUCAACGGAUAGGAGUAUCAUAGAUGUUACAAGCGGGGGAGCAUUAGCAAAUAAGACCUCGAGGGAAGCAUGGCUGCUCAUUGAGUCGAUGGCGGAGAAUUCUCAACAGUUUGGCUUCCGUGAGACUAACCCAACCCGUAGGGUCAACGAGGUGGAGACGUCGUCCAUUCAGCAGCAGAUAUCGGAGUUAACAUCCGUUGUUCGACAAUUAGUGGUGGGAAAUGUGCCCCAAGUAAAGGCCUGUGGAAUCUGCACAAAUAUGGGCCACCAUACUGACUCAUGCCCUAUGUUGCAAGAGGAUGGGGUUGAACAAGUGAACAUGGCUGGAGGCGUGCCCGCGCCUCGUAGGCAGUACGAUCCAUACUCCAACACAUACAAUCCUGGUUGGAGAGAUCAUCCCAAUCUCAGCUAUGGUAAUAGGCCACAAAAUGCAUUCUCCAAUCGUCCACCAGGAUUCCAGCAACCUUGGCAACAGAAGUCCCAACCCGCGCCCUCCAACUCAGGAAGUUCCUUGGAGGAAAUUGUCAAGAAUUUGGCCACGACCACCACUCAACUCCAGCAGGAGACUAGGACCUUGGUCACGACCACUGUUCAACUCCAGCAAGAGACUAGGUCCUUGGUCGCGAGCACUACUCAAUUCCAACAUGAUACCAAGGCAGGCAUGAAGGACAUGAAAACUCGCAUGAGUCAAAUGGCAACUGCCAUUAAUCCCUGGAGUCCCACGUCUAUGGAAAAUUGCCAUCGCAACCUGAGGCAAACCCCAGAAAUGUAA